GCCAUUAGCUUCUAUCCAUCUCAACGCAAUAAGGCAAAUCAGCGGUGUGCAGGUGGAAGCUAAUCCUGUUUUGUUUGAUCUUCUUCUGAGAGUAGAAACUAGUUUCGUUGGUUAUGAGCUCGGUGACAAUUUCAGUUGGGGCCGCCACACCCAGAACGCUCAGCUCCAACAACAUAUCACCUGAUAAAUGUCAAACAACGAAACAAGUCUCCAAAUUUAACCACAUCCGUACCCCAAAAAUCUCCGUUUCUCAUCAAGAACUGGAAGUGAAGGAGAAACCAGCUUCAUUUGGCAGAAGAGAAGCAAUUGGUUGUGGGUUCCUGCUCGGCCUUGCCAACGUUCUCCUACAGCCACUGCCUGCAGCUGCUGAAGCCACACCAUGUGAAUUCACAACAGCUCCGUCGGGCCUUGCAUUCUGCGAUAAAGUUAUUGGGACAGGCCCUGAGGCUGAGAAAGGACAGCUAAUCAAGGCACAUUAUGUUGGAAAAUUAGAGAGCGGAAAGGUGUUUGACAGCAGCUACAAUCGGGGGAAACCGUUAACCUUUCGAGUUGGGGUUGGUGAGGUUAUAAAAGGUUGGGAUGAAGGUAUUCUUGGGGGCGAAGGAGUUCCAGCGAUGCUUCCGGGAGGGAAGCGGGUGCUAAAGCUUCCUCCAAAACUUGGGUAUGGCGCAAGAGGUGCUGGAUGCAAAGGAGGAUCAUGUGUCAUUCCUCCUAACUCAGUUCUCUUAUUUGAUGUGGAGUUCAUUGGGAAGGCAUGACAUCAAAAACUUCUAAGGGUUCUUUACUUGUCAUUAUGUUUGCACUCUCAUCUCUCAUUCCUCCUUCCUACUUCCAUUUUCUCAUCUUUUGGCCCUCUACAAAUCCCUCUCCAUCACUGAUCAUUCCCUUUUUCUUUUAUUUCUUUUUUUUUUUAAAAAAAAAAAAACUUCUAGUACUCAUACAUAUCUUUGAGAUAAUUAUAAUUAUAAUCAAUUAAGUUUCUCUGCUUUUCAUCAUUAUUAGAAUUAAUUUAAAAUUUCUCAUGAUUAUUUUAAA